AUGUUCGAAAUCGAUUGGAUGAGCCUCGCGCUCCCAUUCGCCUAUAUCACCGUGCUCGGCGGAUCUCUGUACACAUUCUCAACUGUUUACAGAAAACGGAAAGCUGCGCAAAGCGCCAACCUAGAGCCAUGGUUCCCACCACAUUUGCAGCGAAACAUAUACUUGUCGCUCUUACAUAUGCAACCAGAAGCUGGCCAAGAGAAGGCGCCCAAAAUUCCCGACAGCGUUAUUCGAGCCGCACUCCUCCGCAGAGCAGUUGAGAACAUCCGUCGAAUCAUUCAGAUUCGCACAUCCAAGCAAGCUCUCAACACGUUAUUACAGAAGGGAAGCGUGGGCGAAGAUCUAAACCAGAGAUUCCUAGCAGCCGAGAAGGAGAUCGAGGAGGAGUUGCGCGAUGUGGUGAGCGAGGCCAAUGCUCUCGCACCAGGCUGGGGACAGACAAUUUUCCAGUCAGCCAACGAGAUUGCUGCUAACACCGUUCUACGCACCCGCCUAGAGGAGAUAGAGGGCCGGCUAGAAGCAGACAAACAGUGGUGGGAGAAGCGAAGGGAGACUAUCAAGGAAGAUUUUAUGAAAGAACUAGACGAGGACUCGGCCAAGGGCUCCACCAAAGUCGUUAGCGACGAAGAGGCCGUCCACGUGGAGCUGAGUAGCCCAGCCGCAACGCCGUCCAAGAAAAAGAAGAAGGGCAAGAACUGA